CUUUAAAUGAAGAUUAUUCAUUUAUCGAUUAUAUCUACAAGACUAUCAAAUCUCCUGAUACCUUAAAUUGUGGUAUUUUAGAUUAUCAAUAUAUAUUAAGAAAUCACAGGGAAGAAUUCGAAAAGAUUAUUAAUUUCAUUAAGCAGUGUUUAUCGUUAUUUGCAAGCAAAACAAAAGAGCAAGUGUUAUUUUUGUGUGUUCUCCUUGGUCAUUACACAGAAUACCGGUCAUUUAACCCCAGUCUUCCGUAUCAUUUCCCAUCCUCCAUCAUGCUAAAGGAAUUUAAAAGCAUCGAUGAUUGUUAUGGUCUGCCUUCCAAUACGAAACCUAUAAUCGAGAGAGCCAUCAGAGCUUUAGUUCAACAUAACUCUAAGAGCGGUUUCCUUGACUGGAUUAUAAUUUUUGCGUUUGCUGCUAAAUUGGAUAUACCAUACUCAUUUAUUGAUUCGAUAGAAAUAUAUGAUUAUAAAAAGCAACCUGAUCACUUCGUAAAACUAUUGAAAGAAAUAAAGCCUAGCAUCAAUGAUCUUAAGAGUUCUAAUUCUAAUGCAUUAAAUAAAACGAUUAUUAAGCUUGUUAAAAUCUCAUAUAAUGUAGAAUGUCUCGUACACCUGCAUGAAUAUUUUAAAGAUUUGGGGAAUGACUAUUCUAUUAAAUACGAAGUUCGUAAAAAACUUUUGGAAUUGCUUAAAGAUAUAAAAUUACGUUGGAAUAAAGAAAAUAUCUCCUCAGUUCACAGGCUUCUUAUGGAACCUAUUUUAGGGUGGCAAAAUAAAGACUAUGCUAGCGUACUCAGAGCAAUUGCUGGAUCCAAUCAAACACUUGUAUUAGAAUCUUUUCCUGAAAUUUUUAAAUUUAUUUCGGGAUUGAAUUUAGAGGAAAUUAAAAGGGAUCUUGAGCGAGAAUCGAUCACAUGGUUUAUAAAAAUCUGUAAAAAAAAUGAGACCUACGACAUCUUCCGUUAUCUUUCAAUGAUGCAUACAACUUCGAAGCAUGGUCGAGAAAUAUUGAACAAGUUGUUAAAUCAUAAUAUUAUGACGUCAUUAUCCGAUGAUUCUUUAUUUUCCAUCACAUCGUCUAUUGAAGACUUUCAUGAAGACAUAAGAGUCCAUUUUAUAUCUGUGGUAAAAGAAAGAGUCGGAAUUCUUGUUCAAGUUCCUAAUGAACGUCUCUUGGAAAAAAUUAAGCAGAUUUGUCGUAGCACAACGAAAAUUUUAUGUUUUAUACUCGAUCGCUUACAACAAGCAAAGGAUGUUAAAUUUUCAGAAGUAGAAUCUUUUCAACUUUCAAUAUUUCAAUUUGCGAAAUUUUGGAUGGCAAUUUUUAAAGCAAAAGGUCAUACAGAGAAGCUAUGUUCUCAUCCAUAUUUUAAAGAAGUAUACGAAAUGGUGAUUCAUAUAGCUACGAGCAUUAAAAAUCGUACUAUUACAAUAAGAUUACUUCAGAAAAUUUUCAAAUACUUUAUCAAUAGCAACAGAUUUCUCAAUAAUUAUCUUAAUUCUGCUAUAGAAAAUUAUCCGGGAGAAUAUAAUAUAAUUCCAUACAAAGUUGUAGAAGAAAGUUACAGUCAAUGUUAUGAAUACAUUUCAAUUUUGGAACGCCUCCAAAAAUUUUAUAAACAAUUCUGUCCUUCUCAAUUAGUUUCAGACGUGAAACUAUAUUUGGAUAAUUUAGAAAAAAGAUCAAUUGAUGCCACACUUGAAGAAUCAUACACCAAAGAUCAUUGGUCAAUGCAUUCCGUGACUAUUGAAAUUAUGAAAGAUUAUUAUCACUUAAUUGAAUCACAAACUUUCUACAACGCCUUUCAAAUUGUAUUGAAAGAGGAAUUGACAGUUCAACAAGUAAUGAAUAAAAUUAUUAAAGAAGCCAUUGAAAACUAUAAGACAAUAUGCGAAGAAUAUGGUAAAUGGGAAGAAAUUAAAUGUUCUGUUGCAAAUGAAUUCUGGAAAAAUGUUAAUAUUGAACAUGUUGAUAAAGAAAUUAAGUUUAUGAUUCCUUAUGUUGAAAAACUUAAGUCGAGUAGUAAUACUGGAAACAACGAGAACAAUAUUCAAAGAUUGAUUGACUCAGUGAAAUUUUUAGUUGUUAUCUCGCCGGCAUUGGAAAGACUAUGUCAACUUCAGAUUGUGAUUAAAGGUUUAGGUGUUGUUCAAUGUGAUCAAGAAUCUUGGGUCGAAGAACUAAUAAAGAACUUAGAAGAUAAGGAUUUACUACUUUACCAGCUACCUAAAAUUUUUUAUCGACUUAAUGAAAUUGAAAAGAAAUCGUCAUUAACAAAUGACGUUUGGUCAAUAAUUACGGAAAUUUCUUCAGCUAUAGAUUUUGUUAUUUUUCUUAAAUCACUUGUCGGUCAUAAUCUCAAAAACUUAAUCAAUGGAGUUGAUGAUCAUUCAGAUGAACGUUUGAUCCAAGAAAAUACUGUCCAGACAUUUAUUCAAGUAAAACAGAUCUUGGAACCUUUAUUAGAGGAAGGGAAAGGAAAUUAUAAGCAGUCAGCAGAACAGGAAUUGCAAAAUUUCUUGCUAAAUUUACAUGGUAUCUUAAAGAAGAAUUCAUCUCUUAUUUUCAAGUUACGAUUAUGUAAUGCGAAUGCACAAGCAUUAAUGAAUAUGUACAAAAAUAUUUCUAACCGUGGAGAGAUGACAAAAGAAAAGAUUUUCUAUUCAGUGACAAAAGGCGUAUAUUCAUUUGAGAGAAUGAAGGAUGAUGAUAGUAGAUAUACCGCAACAUUAUCAUAUUCUUCUGACAUUUUAAGGGACGGCACUGCGAAAUAUACCUUUGCCGACCUUCAAGAUUUGCGUGGCCGAGCCUUAUUGAUCGCGAAAGCUCCUACAAAUGCAAAAGCUUUCACCAAUGCGAAGAUUUUAGAUAAUGAAAGUAUUAAAGCUAGCGAGAUCACGUUAGAUCAUAUGAAUCAAUUUGUCAUUAGAGUUGACCUCGCACAAGAAAUAAUUGAUACUGCAUCAUCGCUAAAGGAACUUGGACAUUUUGAGUAUCGUGAUUUUCAGAUAUCUACACAUUCUACUCAAGAUAUGGAAAGAUUGUUGAAGACUUUGCAAGAUGAUUUACAAAAUUGGGAAAAAAUUGUUAAUGAAGCACAGAAAAAUCACUAUUAUUUAACCUUUUUUCUAGCACAACAUAUUUUAAAUUUUUAUGAUUAUUUUUCAUGCAGCGAAAAUAUUGCAACUGCACGAUCUGAUAUCAAAGAAAAAUGUUCGAUCCUCUUGAGAUACGUCAAUGAUAAAGCAGAAUUACCAAACAUUGACUCUGAUAUCCUUAAAAUCUCUCUUAAACCAAAAAAUUAUUACAGUAUAUUGUGCAAGAUUGGUACCAUAUUACAUGGAAUAUUCAGUCAAACUCCUACAAUGAAACGCCAUAUGACAGCCAUUGUUAAUCAUGAGACCGUAAAUGAAGUUCAUCAAGGGCAUCUUUUCAUCGCAAAAUGUAAUAAUAAAUUUAGGGUGCCAAAUAUUAUUAUGUCUUUAUGUAAUUUACAUAAUAAAUGCUAUCCAGAAGCAUGGCAACUUCUAAUUUGUAAGUCUUCUACUACAGAAGAAGAACUUCUCACAUUCACAAAACGAUGUUUUUUUGCUGCAAAGAAUGGAUAUGGUGAACAUUUAUUUUUCAUUGCAAAUGUGGAAUUUCUUGAUUUUGAAUUGCAAUAUCAAUUGGUAUCAAGCAUACGUUCUUUAUGUCAGCAAGAUAACCAAUAUUAUCUGGUCCUGAUUUGUUGUCUUGAAAAUAGCAUGCAUCAUCAUAUAUUAGAUCAAUUUUCAGAACAUACACAUGUGAUUCAGGGUAUUGAUGCGGAUUCAAUGCACAACAUUUACAAAGAAUUGUGUCCUAAUGUAAUGGCAGUUUCUUCGGAUUUAUCCGGGCAAGGAAAGACCAAGUGGAUUGAAGAGCAAAGUUCCACUCAUGGAUUGGUCCCCCGAAAAUUUUUAAUAAGUGAUGGAAUGACAUUUGGAAUACUUGUGCAUAAAUUGUCAGAGAUUAAAUUAAAAGAUACUGAAAGUUUACAUUUAAAUAUCACGUUAAUAGAAAAUCACUAUGAUAUAGACAUGUUUUUAUUCGAAUUUCUAUCAUUUAAAAUUGUGAGAGACAGAACUGAUUUCUUAAGUAUCUCACCGAUGCAAAUAUAUAUAGAAAUAGAAUCAUCCAUGAAUCAAGACUUGCUAAAUUCGAUACCAAUUAUUGGGCAUUUGGAAAAAACGCAUUUGACAUGGAAUAUCAACAACACAAUUAUUCCUCAAGAUGUGAACAGUCCUAUCCAAAUUGUUGCAAGUUAUUUAGAUGCGUAUGAUCGUAACACAAUCAAUACAAUUGACAUUGACCUUAAUGGCAGAGAAGAGCUAAUCUCAGAAAGUUGUUGUCGACAACUGUUGCAAAAAUACUUUUUUGAUAAAGUUACUCAAGAAAUAAAAACCUAUCGUUUUCUUGAAAUAUUUGUCAAUGUUCUUGCGGAUCAAUUAAAAAGAAUGUCAUCUAGUGCAUUCUUUCGUGUGGAUACAUUAAAUUGGAUGGCAGCAGUCAACAUCCGAAUGACAUUAUUAGAAACGUUAAUAGAAGUAUCCAUGUAUUUUGCAACUCGAUCAGUGAAUUCAAAGAAAGAUCAGCUCAAAAAUCUUUCUGAAAAGAAUAACAAGGAAAUAAGCAUAACGAACAUCAAACAUUGGGAAGAUUCAAAUCACUUAUUAGUAUUUUUCUUAUCACAAUCUCCUGAUUCUAUCUGUGCACUUUAUCGGGAUAGAAACAAGGUUCCAAAAAAUGUUGAAAAUUUGUUGAGGAGUCAACAUUUUCCCGCAAAUUCCAAUUUCGUUCUAGAUAAUUAUGAUGAUAUGUCUUGUGAAGAUAUCUUGAAGAAAUUGGAAUGCUUGGCACGAACAACACACGAGGAACGUGAAUAUGCGCCAUAUGCACUUUCUGCAGAUAACCUUUUAAAGAUGGCACUGAUUUUAUUGAGAACAAGAGCAAAUGUACCCGUAGUAAUUUGCGGUGAGGCCGGAUGCGGCAAGACAAGUCUCAUUCAGUUCCUUUCAGGAGUCGUUAAUGUUAAAUUUAAAAUUCUAAACCUACAUGCUGGCGUAACUAAGGAACGAAUACUUGAAUUUCUAUUUGAUGCGGAAGCUGUUGCAGAGGAAGGUGAAAUAUGGUUGUUUUUUGAUGAGAUUAAUACAUGCAACCAUAUCGGUAUUAUUGCAGAUCUCAUCGCUCAUCGGUUGCUUCUAGGAAAAGAAAUUCAUAAAAAUAUUAGACUUUUUGCAGCCUGUAACCCUUAUCGUUUUCGUCAAAAAGCUGAUACUCAAGCAGGACUCUUAACAGACAGAUACGAAGAAAAGAAUAGUCUUGUCUAUCAAGUACGACCACUUCCAGACCAAAUAUUAGACUAUGUUUGGGAUUACGGUGUUUUAAAGCCUUCAAAUGAAAAGAUUUAUAUUAAUAUAAUGAUCAAAAAAUCUCAGAAAAACCUACAAAAAGCAGAUUUAUUUACAGAGCUUUUAUUUGCGUCUCAAGAAUUUGUAAGAACUCAUGAAGGAGUGCAUAGUGUUAGCUUGCGUGAUGUAAAAAGAGCAAUAAUUAUAUUUAAGUUCUUUUGCAAAAGUUUUGAUGAACGUCAAAAAAUAGCAGAAAAACUAUUUGAACAGAAUGUCAGAUCCAAAAUUUUUCGCUUAGCAAGUGAUAUAAAAUCCUAUUUUGAAGGAGGUCCAAACAAUAUUAUCAAAUCAUAUAUAUUAGCACUAAGCCUUUGUUAUCAAGUUAGGUUUUUUGAUCAAGAGUUACGUAAUAGAUAUCAGGAAAGAAUGUGUGAAAUUUUCGAAGAGAAUGGAGUAGAAAUAGAUUAUAAAACUUUUAUGGAAGUUGUUCAAGGAGAGCAGAAAGAUUUUAUGAAACGUAUGACGAAGCCAAGUAUGGUGGCUGAGAACUUUGCUCUCCUUGAGAAUGUACUUGCGAUUACCGUAUGCAUAUUAACUCGUAUUCCGCUGUUUAUCAUUGGUGCUCCGGGUGCAUCAAAAUCUCUGGCUAUUCGCCUAGUUAGUCAAAGUCUUCGUGGUAAUGAUUCUGAUGAUCCAUACUUUAGAACUCUCCCUCAAGUAUAUGUGGUUCCUCACCAAGGAUCAUCAUCUUCGACAUCUGACGGUAUCAGCACAGUAUUCGAUAAAGCAAAUAAUUAUCAAAAAGGAAACUCGGAAGAAUUUCCGUUAAUCACUGUUGUUUUACUUGAUGAAAUUGGCUUGGCCGAAAAAAGUCCUCAUAAUCCAUUAAAAGUUUUACAUUCUUUACUUGAACCAAAUUAUCCUGCAGAACUUCCGGAAGUUGCCGUUAUAGGAAUAA